AUGUCAUCCACUCAGUCGCAACAAACCAUAGUCGUCGUUGGCGCCACGGGAAUCCAAGGCUCUGGCGUUGUUCGAGCAUUAUUGAGCGACGAAUAUGGUGGUCCUUGGUUUGUCCGAGCUCUUACCCAAGAUCCCAGCUCAGGCAAAGCACAGAAGCUUUUGUCAGAAUACCAAACUACUGACAAUCGUCUGAGUUUGGUCAGUGGCCAUAUUUACGAUGAAACAAGCCUACGGAGCGCCUUUAUGGGUGCACACGGCGUCUUUGCCAUGACCAGUGAACGAUACCCUGGUAAACUUAUUACUGAAGAGGAGGAGUUGAAACACGAGAUUGAUGCAGGGUGUAACAUCAUCUCCGCUGCCAAGGAGUGCUGCAUCAAGCAUUUGGUGUUUAGCAGCUUACCUGAUACUGUCAAAGCGAGCGACGGCCAGUUCAAACGGAUACAUCACAUGAACAACAAGCAUACUAUUGAGCAAUUGGCAAGAAAGGAGCUUGAUGGCUUUACCUCCUUGAUGCCGGAGGACGGUGUGGUACAAUUUUGUAUGCCCCUACCCAGGAAUAAAAUGGUCCAAUGGACGGAUCCUGCACACGACAUUGGAGCCUUUUCCGCAAGUGUUAAAAAGACUAUAGGGAAGACUUAUCUCGCUUUGGGUCCUAGGAUAACUCCCGAAGGCAUGGCGAAAGCUUUCACGCGCGUUACUGGAAAACCGGCCGUUCAUUCUCCUAUCUCGUUUGAGGAGUUCGGUCACUUGAGCUCUGCGCUCGUUGGCCCAGCAUUCAAGGAAGACGCCAUUGAAAUGAUGCAAUGGGCUGCUAUAGCUCCAACCGACAAGACCUGCCAUGGAGCCUUUGAGCUAGAGGUUGAACAAUCUAGCGAGGAGCUAGGUCUUACUGGUAGCUCUUUUGAAGAUUGGCUGAGGCGUAGCGGAUGGACUGGUCCUUAGGAGGUGUAUUUAUUCUCCGAGAUAGAGUUCUGAACUGAAUCAUCCAAUUAUCGCGGGGACUACAUAGGCUUAAUGACCGCCGCGAUUCAAUCAAGUCGUUAUUUAUCUUGUUUUCAGGCUCAUGUAGUGGGCUCCUGCGUCAUCAGGUAACCGUGCUGUCUAUGAGGCUUCAGGCUGUAACACUGUGUAACAGGGAUACGUAUCCCACCAGGAAGUGACAAUGUCAACGGAACGGCGGUAGUUGGAUAUAUCCGUUUUACCACAUCAUCUUUACCCAUAGAAGCGUAG